AUGGGCGGAAGCGAUGGAUAUCGUGCUGUAGCGUAUUUCGUCAACUGGGCCAUUUAUGGAAGGAAGCACAAGCCUCAGGAUCUUCCUGCUGAGAAGCUCACUCAUAUUCUCUAUGCAUUCGCCAAUGUGAGGCCGGACAGCGGGGAAGUCUACCUUACUGAUCUUUGGGCGGACAAAGACAUCCAUUUCGACGGAGACAAUUGGGACGACGUAGGGAACAACCUCUAUGGCUGCCUCAAGCAGCUCAACAUUCUCAAAGGAAAGAAUCGUUCUCUCAAAAUGCUUCUCUCGAUCGGAGGCUGGACUUACUCGUCUAACUUCGCUGUACCGGCAUCUACAGCUGCUGGUCGUGAAAAGUUCGCCACUUCAGCGGUCGAGCUUCUUAAAGACUUUGGUUUUGAUGGGCUAGAUAUCGACUGGGAAUACCCCAAAUCUCCUGCUGAAGCAGAGCAUUUCGUCCUCCUUCUGAAAGCUUGCCGUGAUGCCAUGGAUUCAUAUAGCGGCAACCUACCUCACAAGCACCACUUUGAACUCACUGUGGCGUGUCCAGCUGGGCCACAGAACUACAAUAUUAUGGAUAUACGAGGAAUGGACAAGUAUCUUGACUUCUGGAAUCUGAUGGCUUACGACUAUGCCGGGUCAUGGGAUUCUUGUGCUGGACAUCAGUCGAAUAUCAAACCAUCCGAGCACAACUCCGCUGCUACACCUUUCAAUACCGAACAGGCUGUUGAGCAUUACAAGCAGCAAGGUGUUUACCCAUCCAAGAUUGUAUUGGGAAUGCCUCUGUACGGACGAGCAUUUCAGAAUACAGAAGGCCUUGGGAAGGCGUACAGUGGCGUUGGAGAAGGCUCUUGGGAAAACGGCGUGUUUGAUUACAAAGCUCUUCCUCUCCCUGGCGCGGAAGAGAAGUACGAUAACGAAGCUAUGGCAACCUACAGCUAUGAUUCCGCGAAGAAACAUCUUGUUACUUACGAUACGUGUCAGAUGGCGAGGGAAAAGGCUCAGUGGAUCAGGAAGUGCCAGCUCGGAGGGGCAAUGUGGUGGGAGAGUAGUUCAGAUCGGGAGGGUGAGCAUAGUCUGAUUGGGACUGUAAUAGAAGUGCUGGAUGAUAUGCAGACAAGGAAAAAUUGUAUUGAGUACCCGAACUCCAAGUUUGAUAACUUGAGAAAUGGAUUCGCAAACUGUUGA